AUGUUUGAGUCCGUCAACACACCAUCCAGCAUGGUAGGGCCCGAUUUUGCAUCGAUCCUCCACCCGGUGUCGGAACCCAGUGUCUCCCCUCAGAGUGUUCCGAGGACGCUCCACGCAAGCACUCCCAAGAGCGUGCUCACCGCCGAGCACCGAGUCCUCAAGAAGCAAAGGGAGAAAGUUCGCCGUGACUCGAAAGUCCACACGCGAGUGCAACGAGCCACCGACACCAAUGACAACCCGUUCAUGCAGGCGUCUCUGUCCGCCAUCACUAGCACCAUGGCCCUCCCCGUCUACGCGACAUCUGCGCCGACCACCAUGUCGCUACUCAGCGAGCCAGCUCCGACACUCAGCGAGCCACAAUACCUCCCCCCUUACAGCCCCCAUAUGUCAGAGCCAGCAUUUACUACUCAAUACCAGCAGCAUUUGCCAUCAAACUACUCCAUGUCCAUGGAUUACCAGCCCACCUAUGCCACUGCCGGUUCAUAUAGCACUGGCACUGGCAGCCCAGAUAGCACCGGUCACGUUCGUGUGGUGCAGAACCGGCCAAAGCCACGAUGCUGGGAGCAUGGGUGCAACGGACGGCAGUUCUCGACCUUUAGCAACCUCCUCCGGCACCAGCGAGAGAAGUCUGGCCAAGCAGCCAAAGCCACUUGCCCCAACUGUGGCGCGGAAUUUACCAGAACCACGGCGCGCAACGGACACCUUAUGCACGACAAGUGCAAGCAGCGUCGGAACACCUGA